UGCUCAUCAUUCCAGUUCUAUAGAUCUAGAUAGGCACCCCUUUUGCGCGCGACCUCACAGCCUCCCCAAGAUAUCUACAUACCCCAACCGGUAUCUCAAGGCGGCGAGACCGCGGCCGCUAAGACCAUACUACAACUUCCCCCCAGUUGGGUGUCCAUUUGAACUCGAGCUUCCCACAAGCGCCUAUUCCCCUCGAUUUCUACCGCAAGCCAAAAUGAACCGGUUAUUUGGGACCAAGAAUACGGCUCCCAAGCCGACGCUGGAUGGGGCCAUUUCCAAUGUGGAAACUCGCAUCUCCAGCAUUGACGUCAAGUUGGCGUCUCUCAACUCGGAACUGUCGACCUAUCAAACCAAAAUCUCCAAGAUGCGCGACGGACCGGGAAAAAAUGCAUUACGGCAGAAGGCUCUCAAGGUGCUCCAGCGACGGAAACAGUACGAGGCUCAGAGGGAUCAGCUGUCCCAGCAAUCUUGGAAUAUGGAGCAAGCGGGGAUGAUGCAGGAUAACUUGAAGAACGUGAUGACUACGGUUGAUGCCAUGAAGACGACCACCAAGACUCUCAAGAAGCAGUAUGGCCAGAUCGAUAUUGACAAGAUUGAGCGUCUGCAGGAUGAAAUGGCCGACUUGAUGGAUGUGGGGAACGAGAUUCAGGAAAGUAUAUCGCGGGCGUAUGACGUUCCUGAGGACGUGGACGAGGCGGAACUCGAUGCGGAAUUGGAGGCGCUAAGCGAGGAGACGAUGAUGGAAAGUUCCAUGGGCGAUAGUGUGCCUAGCUUCCUGCAAGAUGAGGUGGCACCGCCUCAGUUCAUCGACGAACCGCCAGAGCAAACCAAGGUCAAGGAGCCUGCAGGUGGCCUGGGCUAGUCAUCCCUACGAGACUAUGGUUUAGGAGUUCUGAUCAUGGUGGCAUCGGAGUUGGUUUUUUCUUGCUAUUUCCUCUUAACUAGUCGAUUAAGUCGUGUUCAGUCUACAUACUUUUCUUGCCUUGUUUUGCCAGCUCUUUACCCCUUCGUUUCUUUGUCCCUGCGCAUUUCUUUGUACCUGCGUCUCUAGACUGUACUGUUUCGUCGUCCACACCGAGAAAUCAAGGAGAUUGCACAUUCCAGCAGUUUCGGGAUGAUGUCUCUUUAUCCACGUGUUCAGGCCUUGCCUAGUCCAACAAGGACAAGCAAAGCAACGUUCAUGACGGCAAUGAUCACCCACACAACGAUAGCGAUACCAGUAACAAACCAGUUGUUUCGCAUCUUGACCUCUUCUGGCGAGGAGUCCUCACCACUGAAGUUCCUAUCGGUCGGGACGGUCAUGUAACGGUUGCGACAGGUAAAGUAGACCAGAGGGGCGGAGACA